AAAGUAGCCAGAAGCCAGUGGCACUGAAGUCAAAUGACAGCUAACCGUGGUUAGCAAUGCUCUUCGUCAAGCUGUUUGGAGAUGACGCUACCAGUACCGGAAGCGAGGUAAACCUACCCUCUUCUUCCUUUUCCUUGAAUGUGGAAAUGUUAGGAACUAGUAAGAGGAAGUAGUAAACUGUUUUAAACGAAACACAAUCCUCUCACCCUUCAUACGUCAUUUUAAGUUUCUAUACGUUUGUUACUGUCGGUGAUGUAAGUUAGCUAGCACCCUACAGGGGCCGGUUAACAUUAAGCGAGUCCCACCCGUCCGUCGUGCUUUUGUUCUGAAAGGGUCUUACCGGAACAUCUGUGUUUUUUUCCCGGCAGCUCCGACACCGGUUAGAAGCUCCACAACGUGGAGAAGAGGAUGUGGCUCCGCUGACAUCUGCGAGCCAGAGGUUUGACUGGAAGACGACCUCCGUCAGCUUGACAAACACAGGACAGCGGGCAUAGCAAACCUCCGCGACAUGUAACUUCUUUUAAAGAGCACCCUAAAGCUCAGCCAGUCCCUGGACUUUCCGUCAUGAGGUGGCGUUGCUCUCGAAAACCUGUUGUGCUGGCCAAGGCUGGCUUCCUGCUCUGGGUGCUAUGGCUGGGCUACGUUCUGUUGGCGCGCUCCUCUUCCUCUCCAGAGAAGGAAGGCGAGGACCGCGAUCUUGCGCCGAGACAGCUCCCCGCUCACGAGGCCGAGGCGGUCGAGCAGCUGGCGAGGCCGCUCUACGUUAAGCCGCCACCGGACCACAAUGCGCCGGGCGAGAUGGGUCGGGCCACUCACCUCAACCUCGGCCCCGAAGAGAAGAAACAGGAGGAGGACAGCGUGGAGCGCUACGCUAUCAAUAUCUAUGCUAGCGAUAAGAUUUCCCUUCAUCGGCACAUCCAAGACCACAGGAUGAAAGAGUGCCGGAGUAAGAAGUUUGAAUACCGCCGUUUACCCACCACCUCUGUGAUCAUCGCCUUCUACAACGAGGCCUGGUCCACCCUGCUGAGGACCGUUCACAGUGUCCUGGAGACCACGCCGGCCAUUCUGUUGAAAGAGAUCAUCCUCAUUGAUGACUACAGUGACAGAGGCUACCUGAAAUCCAAGCUUGAGGACUACUUCAGUAAUCUGGAUCGCGUGCGGCUCAUCCGCACCAACAAAAGGGAGGGGCUGGUCCGGGCCCGUCUCAUUGGGGCCACCUACGCCACGGGGGACGUUCUGACCUUUCUGGAUUGCCACUGCGAGUGUGUCCCCGGUUGGAUUGAGCCACUGCUGGAAAGGAUUGGCGAGAACGCCAGUACCAUCGUGUGCCCUGUGAUCGACACCAUCGACUGGAACACCUUUGAGUAUUACAUGCAAACAGAUGAGCCCAUGAUCGGAGGCUUUGACUGGAGACUCACCUUCCAGUGGCACCCGGUUCCAGAAGUAGAACGUAGGAGGCGCAAGUCUCGCAUCGACCCCAUCAGGUCUCCUACAAUGGCGGGUGGUCUGUUUGCAGUGAGCAAGGCCUACUUCGAGCAUCUAGGCACAUAUGACAUGGGCAUGGAGGUGUGGGGAGGAGAAAACCUGGAGCUCUCCUUCAGGGUGUGGCAGUGCGGCGGCAGUCUGGAGAUUCACCCCUGCUCUCAUGUGGGCCAUGUGUUUCCUAAAAAGGCCCCUUAUGCACGGCCCAACUUCCUACAAAAUACCGUACGAGCCGCAGAGGUUUGGAUGGACUCUUAUAAACAACACUUCUACAACAGGAAUCCUCCAGCCAAAAGGGAGACCUAUGGGGAUAUCUCAGAGCGGCUGCUGCUGAGGGAGAGGCUGAAAUGCAACAGCUUUGAAUGGUAUCUGGAGAACAUCUACCCGGAACUCCACGUACCGGAGGACAAGGAGGACUGGCAUGGGGCUGUACGAAGCUUGGGAGUAAACUCUGAAUGUCUUGACUACAACUCCCCUGAGCACAAUCCCACAGGUGCCCAGCUUUCUCUGUUUGGCUGCCACGGGCAGGGGGGCAACCAGUACUUUGAGUACACGACCCAGAAGGAGAUCCGCUUCAACUCUGUGACGGAGCUGUGUGCCGAAGUGACUGAGGGACAGACCGCCAUCAGUAUGAGGCACUGCCCCAGUGACGGCGAGAUCAAACCUCCCAGUAUCACCUGGGACUUCAGAGCGGACGGGACCAUCUACCACCCCCACUCGGACAUGUGCGUGACGGCCUACCGCGCACCGGGCGGCCGCACAGACACCCAGAUGAGACGGUGCACCCCAGGAGACAAGAACCAGCUGUGGAAGUUUGAGUGGUAGGAGGAGGAAGGCAGAAAGUAGCAGGGAACCAGCCCCCCCAAGUGACCUUCGUUUACCACAGUGCAAUUACUACAGAGGUCUUCCAGCGAGAGUGGCGGGGAAAUGAAAGGUGGCGUUGCAGUCACUUUAAGCCAAUGAAUUGCCCAAUUCAGAGCUUUUUUUUUUUUUUUUACUGGUUUGAAUGACUGAAUAAGGGAAGAAUGAAUGAGGUUUGAUAAACCAGAGACUUUCAUCUUCAUCAAAGUGCCUCUGCAACCAAAAUAGAGCCGAGGGCACGCCCAAAGUCUCGCCAUUGUCUCUGAUGCGACAUCUUGAAGCAGUGAAACCGAUUUUUACCGGCCAGCACAUAAAGAAGUGCCUUUCAAGGAGAUCGAAAGCGUUUGCUAGAAAACGUCACUACAGGAUGUGACUUUGGAUGUGCAAUUAAGAUGAAUUAUUGCUGUUAAAUAACCAUGUUUGUCUGAAGUUGUCAAAAAAUGGGUGAGGAAAAAAAAACAUUUCGAAGAAGGGCAGCUGAAAAAAAGACAGGAAUGUCGGGUCAGCAGCGCAAAGCAGCUACUUCUCCACACGCUUCGUCAUGUGAGAGGAAGCCCGCUGAGAGGCGGCUGCGGUCAUACUAGACUGCUCAAUUCCAUCUUGUGUCCUUGGAGCCAGUUUCAUGGUAGAAUGCGGCCCGAAUAAGCAGACGUGAGGAAUUUUUAAGCCUUUGUACUAAGUGCAAUUUGCCCCAGAGGGCCUGGUGAGUUUAUUAGAAUAUUCUCAUCUAUUUUUAUUUUUGUAGUGUUGUGUAAAAUGAAUACCCACUAAACUCACCUGACACUGUGCCUUGAAAGGUUGUCACUCUUAAAAGGACAGGUUUUCUUUUUACCCAAGAGGAAACGUGCCGGAUGAUGCCAGGUGCAUUUAGAAAUGUUUGAGGGCUAAAAACUAAAACCACACCGGCUUGAUGCAAUUGAUUUUAACUUUGUUAGGUCUGUUUGUAAACCGUACUUGAAGCAGCAUCCAUAAAACUCUCCUUGUUUGGUUUUCCACUGAAGACUGUUUUAUUUUUGUACUGGGAUUCAAUGACAGAAAUGAUGCGGCUGAAUUUGCAGAGGACUGUCUAUCGCUGAGUAGCGUUUGGUGUCCGUGGUCCUUUUUGAAAUCAUGAAAAGAGAUUUUCAUACUAGUCUAUGCAUACAUGUAACAUGACGCCAGUUUUGUGUUUUUGUAAAUGUUUUUUUAAGGGACCAAAUGGGGACAGUGGUGUUGGAAAGCACCUUUUUUUUAACUACUGAUUGUGCAAAAGGGAUGGUGGUGAUGAUCGUUUUUAAAGGGUGAUUUAAAUGGGACGGCUGUUUUCAAUGAUACAAGCUGUCGUGAUGAUUGUAAGAAUACAAAAUAAAAAAAACUAACCUCAGAUGCACAGCGUCAUUUUCUUUG